GGAACAGCAGGAGGGAGGGGACUGAGAAGUGAAACUGUAGUAAUCCGAUCGCGAGCAUGACCGACGCCGAGGCGCAGAGCGCUCCACCUCCGGCACCGGUGGAAGAACAACCGCUGCCCGAGAGGAAAGUCAUAGCCACCGCAGUCCAAGGCACAGUGAAGUGGUUCAACGUGCGGAACGGAUAUGGCUUCAUUAACAGGAAUGACACCAAAGAAGAUGUAUUUGUUCAUCAAACUGCUAUCAAGAAGAACAAUCCUAGGAAAUUUCUUCGCAGUGUAGGAGAUGGGGAGGUUGUAGAGUUUGAUGUGAUCGAAGCAACAAAGGGCUCAGAGGCAGCAAACGUGACCGGCCCGGGCGGUGUUCCGGUAAGAGGCAGUCGCUACGCACCCAACAAACGUCGCUUCCGUCGACGGUUCUACCCCCGUAGCCCUCGGCCCGAUGACCGGAGCAAAACGGGUGAUGGUCAAAUCCCUGCCUCUGAAGCAGAUGGAUCGGUGGAGAAUGGUGAAGGGAGGCCACAACAGCGCCGACGUAGGCCUCGCAGGCCACGACAGGACGGACAAGAUGAUGAUGCUGAAGAGCAGAAGGAUGGGAAUGAAGAGGGUGACCAGCGGCCGCCACGGCGCAGAUUCUGGCGUCCAUACCGCAGACCAUUCCGCCCUCGCCCACCGACUGAUCAGUCUGCAGAUGGCCAGCAGGCUGCUGCUCCAGGGGAGAGCCAUGAGCAGGGAGAGGGGAAGCAGGUGGAGGCCUCUGAGGGCCCCCAGACCAACGGAGAAGUCGGCCUUGGAGACGGCCAGAAACAACGCCAGACUAGAAGACGCAAGCAAAGAAACUCAGAAUCAUCCACCACAAAGAAUGACACAGAGAAGUCUGCCUCAGAGCCUGGUACACCACCUCAGACCUCAAAACCAUCUGAUAUGAAAGCCGCAUCAAGAUCACCGAAACCGUCCCAAAAAAGUUCUCCUAAAACAUCAAAAUCACCUGAGUUUCCUUCCCCUCAGCAAGCAGCAGACACAACAGUCCCAGCAACAACGGAGUGACAUCGGUGAGAGGACUGUCACAUGACCCUUGGCAAGAGGUGGGACCCCACACUAGAGUGGUGAAGCCCUGGGUUAGGCAAGGUGGGAGACAGGAGGGUGUUAGGCUGCACAGCUAGAGCCACAUUUGCCAUCUUUCGCAGAAGGUGACUGACAUGAAGUGGCUGUUUUAGAUAACUGAUUGGAAUGAUGGAUUUAGUAGGGAUGGGAAAGAUUAAUGUGGCGUCUUUAAGGACUCUUAUGUUGGAGACAAAAUGUUCUCUGUAUUCAACAAAAGUUGAACCUCUGGAACCUGAAUUUCAGACCAGUAUAUAGGAAUAGAUUUCUUUACUAGUUUCAAUCCCUGUGGCUCCUUUGCAUUUUUAUUUCUCUUUGUUUUGUUUCUCAUAGGUCCUCGGGUUGGAGGACUGGACCUAUUUCAGAACACAUGCACUGCUCUCCCCUCCCUGCACUCCCCCAUCCUCCAACCCACCUCGUCUCUCCGUCAGGCCCCACUCUCCCCCCCCUCAUUUUGUCUCGUGUUGUCCUGUCUAGACACGGACAUUCAGAGAGGGACGGGGUGGGAAAGUACGGCGGUACAGGUGGUGCGGUGGGUGCACAUUUAGAAAUUGAAAGUACAUCUUUUAAAAAAAAAAAAAAAGGGAAAAAAUGGACGAUAUGCUUGGUAGCCCAGUUAUUCCAACCACCCUUUAAAAAAAACAAAUUUUCUUUACUUGACCAGAUGGGGCUCAUCAAGUCGUUGAGAAAGGAACCAGCCUUGUUUUUCAUUUAGUGUUUUAAUUUGGUUGAAGAGGGGAACCCCAAGCAGGUGUGCAGCUGGUGGUGCAUUCUGGGAGUCAGUUUAGUUCUGUCACCACCUCAAAUCAAUUCUUGAAACAUGCUACUCCCUUCAUCUCCUCAGUUAAGAUGGAUUGAUGAAAAGAAACUUUAUUUCCUUUUUUUUUUUUUGUCUUACUUAUUUGUGUGGGCUUUUCUUUGGAGGGGAUUAUGUGCAAUGUCAGUACUUAAAAUGCUAAUUAAUAAAUCAUGUUUGCAAAUCUCA